AUGGCGAAGAUGAGAGCGGAUGGUCCGGUGGGAGAGAUUGACACUCGUCCUCCCUUCCAAUCCGUUAGAGACGCCGUUAGUUUAUUCCGUCAAGUUAGCUUCUCUAAGCAACAACAACAACAACCGCGUCUCUCCUCCUCCUCCUCAUCGCAGGAGGUGUCUGAAAAAGAGACGCAGCUUCUGUUAGCAGAACAAGAAAUGGACAGAGUCCAGCUCUGUCUCGAUACCUCUGUCAAAGCCAAAGCAAAAGCUCUCUCUGAUCUCGACUCUGCUCAGCGAAACGCCUUUGACCUGAGGGCUAAACUAGAAGCCAUAAAACAAUCCAAAAACUCUGCCAUAUUAACCAAACACAAAAUGAACCAACGGUUAGAGCAGCUUCAAUCUCAAAACCGAGAAAAAGAGAGCGAGAGAGAGAGCUACAUUUUAGCCACCGCGGAGCUACUCAUGGCGAGGCAAAAGCUGGCGGAGAUAGAACAAGAGUUCAGCAUCUCCGUGGAAGAGAGGCUAGCAGAGCUUCAAAGGGCAGAGGAAGCAGAGUGUGCAUCAACGGUUAACUCCCAAAAGAUCAAAGACAUGACACGUGAGAUAUUCGAGAUGCGUGACGCUGCUGAGAGGUUGAAGUCAGGUGUUGAUAGGAUAAAAGAGGAAGAGGAAAAGAUCAACGAGGAGAGAGUGGACAUGGGAGAAACUUACGGGGAUAUGAAACGAGAGGCAGAGCAGAGGCUGGAGGAUCUGAGACGAGGUUGUGACACUGAGCUGAGGGAAGACAUAGAUGAGCUGGCUGAGAUAUCUGCGGUGAACGAGCUUUUAGAAGAGGAGAUCAAACUUGCUAGGGAGCUCAAAGAAGCCAAGAACGGGAUGGAUGAGGUUUUUCAUGAAGAAAGAUCAUACAAAAGCUUGGUGGGGUCUCUCACGGUGGAGUUGGAUGGUGUGCAGAGAGAGAACAGAGAUCUGAAGGAAAAGGAAAAAGAGAGAGAAGUAGAAUGGGUUGAAGCGAGUCGUAAGAUCGACCAAAUCAUGCGUGAAGCAGAGAGGAGAAGACAAGAAGCGGAAGAGGUGAGGAUGCACGUCGAUGAACUGAGGAGAGAAACAGAAGGAAGGCGUAGAGUGAUGUGUGAAGCAGUGAAGCAGCUGGAGAUAGUUGGAAGAGCCGUGGCGAAGGCGAAAACGGCGGAGAAGAGAGCUGUGGAAGAUAUGAGAGUGCUUACUGAUAAGAAGGAGAGUUUGACUCACGAUGAGCCUGAUAAGAAGAUUAGAAUAUCAUUGAAAGAGUACGAGGAGUUGAGAGGGAAGCAUGAAGAGUCAGAGAGAAUGGUUGAGUACAAGGCCAAAACGGUUGCUGCUCAGCUUGAAGAGAUCAACGAGAGCAGAGUAGAAGGGGAGGUGAUGUUGGAGGAGAAGAUGAAAGAGAUGGAAGAGGUAGAGUUGGCUAUUGAUGAUGCGUUGAGAAACGCAGAGAUUGCAGAGGAAGCACACUGCAUCGUUGAUGCUGAACUUAGAAAAUGGAAGCCGCAAGAGUUGUAGUAGAUGUUAUUGAUGUUUAGGUGAUUAGAGUACUAGAAUAUGUCCAUAUAUGUGUUUUGGGAUAAACUGAUAAUUACUUAGAGUUGUUCAUUAGUGCAUUAACACUGUAACAAGACUUGAAAGAUAGAUUUUCAAGGGCAUCUCUGUGUUUCUUCACGUUAGAAUGUGGAACUGGACAUUAUACCAUAAUGGAGAACCAAAUGCAUACAUGAUACAACCGUCAUUUCUCAGUUAAUUGUUUUUUUUUGUCAUCUGUUCAUUUCUCACUUUCAGAUUCCAUUUUGCAUAGUUUGAACGUAAACAUUUAGAAAAGGUUUAAAUGGGAUUUAAACCAU